UCCCCCACAGUCACACCGAGCUCUGGGAUUUGGAGGAAUAACCGCGUGCCAGCAUCCGAUUCACAGGCUCCUUUUACCUGCAGGUGUUCCAGAAACUUCAAAAUGCGUCUGGAAGAAUUGAAAAGAUUGCAGAACCCCUUGAAACAAGUUAAUGAUGGAAAGUAUUUACUUGAAAAUCACCAACUGGCCAUGGAUGUGGAGAAUAACAUUCAAAAGUGUCACCUCAAUCUACAGCCCUUGGACUCAAAGGUGAAAAUCAUUCAGCGAGCGUGGCGUGAAUACCUGCAGCGGCAGGAGCCCCUGGAGAAGCGGAGCCCGUCGCCGCCCUCUGUGUCCUCGGACAAGCUGAGCAGCUCUGUCAGCAUGAACACCUUCUCAGACGGCAGCACACCCUCCCAUGAAAAGAAAGUGACUUUGCUCUACCUUGACUGACCUGCCACACCCACUGGGUUCAUGUAUAUUCUCAGGGAGCCCCAGAUAGGAAGACUUGGUUUUACCACCCUCUGA